AUGAUAACACGCCGUCGCAUACUUGAGUUUCUGGAGGAGCAGCAAAUACAGCCUGAUGAAGUGUUCUUGAUGGAUGGUGGUGAUUUCGUGGUGUCCGACCUGACAGAUAAAUGGCUGGGCACGCGCAUCAUAUCUAUCUCCGCCAACAGCACAAUAGAGCCGCUGAACAUAAGCCCCUUCUGGAUGGCGAUCCUUCUGGAAUCAUACCACGUGCGGUUUGAGUUUCUUCAAGUAUUGCUGGCAUUUGGAGACGAGCCACAGCAUACUGAGGCUUGCAAUGGGAAUGAUGCUUUCUACGAAACCGAGAACCAGGGCUCAAAGAGAUGCUACGCUCAGUACUGGAGACCAUACCUGAGAUGGAUGGGGGAAGACUAUGACAAGAUUAACAUUCUCGCUGCGGUCGCAGACACUUCGGAUGUUGGGAAAGAAUCUUUCGAACAACUGCGAAGACUACGCAUGCUCAAAGACUACACAGACUUGGCAACUGGGUACUGUAUGAGCAAUCUCCAAGUGCUCUCCUCGCUUCGCCUGAGCAUGGAAACAUCUUCUAGCAGUACGGACUCCAUCCUGUCGGUGGAAAACAGUGUUCGGAGCCAUGUGAAAAGCCUCGAGUUGCUAAAGGACCGUAUAGACAAUACUAUUCAUCUAAUCAGUCUCACGGUAGACCUCCACAAUCAAGAACAGGCGGCGACGCUGAAUCUGAAGAUGAAGAAGCUCGCGGAGGAGACUAGUGCCGUGACCAAGAAGUUGGCGGUGAUAUCAGAGCAUUCGGCGAACGAAACCGAGGUGGUCCGAAUGAUCACGAUCGUCUCCGCGAUCUAUCUGCCUGGUAGCUUCGUAACUUCCAUCUUUGGUAUGAACUUCUUCCAGUUUGAUAAGCAAGGCGGUAUCGCCAUGUCUAGAGGAAUUUGGAUCUUCAUUUCUGCCUGGUCAGGCCUGGUUGUUUCCUCUCAUCUGGUCACUCACUGGUCCUAUGGCAAGAGGCGAGUCAUUGGCUUCACUACAACUACAGAAUCAAGGGAGCCUUUCAUGAUAGGCCGCAACGCAGUUCAAGGGCACCCCCGGAAUUUGACCACGCUCAAGGAUGCGGGCCUGCAGCGCUGGUCUUUUGAGCGACUACAGGCUCAGAGGCCUCAAAUCAUCGUAGGCGCAGGCAAAUACAUUUCGCACAAGCAUGCAUGA